GUCUGUCCAGCGGUGCACUCGUCAUCGGCCGAGUCGAUUUCGAUAGGCGCUAUAUUAUCGGGAUGUGUGUAUAAAAUAUAUAGAAAUUAUAAAAAUUAGGCUUCCAAAUUAGAGAGAAACUAAAGAGGUUUUGGAGAAAUGGCCGCCGCCGAGACAGGUGCAGUAGCCAGCGGCAGUACGGCGUCCGCGGGGCAGCGCGGUGUCAGCCGCGUUCUCGCCAAGCUGUCACAGUCCUUGGCUGGAGGAGAGUUCUACGAGGCGCACAUGAUGUACAGGACUUUGUACUUUCGGUAUACGGCGCAGAAGCGCUACCAGGACUGCCUGGACCUGCUCUUCGACGGGGCUCAGCAGCUAAUAGACAAGGAGCAGGAGAGCAGUGCGGCCGACCUGUGCCUCCUGCUGGUGGAUACGCUGGAGAAGCGGGGUCCGCUGGACGAGGGCGCCGACAACUUCGUGUGGGUGGCCCGCCUGGGAGCCCUAAUCCGCAGCCUCAGCGCCACGACAGUGGAGCGCGAAACUCUGAUCCAACGGACCAUCAAGUGGAGUACGGCGUUGCACGGACAGUACGGCCACCCGGUGCUACACAAGCUGAUUGCGCACGUAUUCUGGACUGAGGGCAAUAUCGAGCUGGCCCGCCACCAUUACCUGCUCUGCCAGGAUGGCAGCCUCUGCGGACGAGUGCUGAUCGAGAUAAGCCAGAGCAGAGGCUUCCAGGGCGAAGUGGACCUUUUCCUGGUGCAGGCCGUGCUCCAGCAGCUGUCGCUAAAAGACCGCAAAACCGCCGAGGACACGUUCACCGAGUACACGCGCUACCACGCGAAGCUGCUGCGACACGAGUUUCCCUUUAAGGAGCCACUGGUUAAUUUCUUGUACUUCCUGUUCCGCCUCAUCGAUGUCAAGAGCGUGUCUGGGUUCCGAGCGCUGCGCAAGCUCUACGAUCCCUCGCUAAAGCGGGACCUAUCGUUCCUGAAGUACGUCGCGAAGAUCGGAAUGCUCUACUUCGAUGAGCAGCCUGAAGUGGCCCACACCACACCAGGACUAGGAGGGAUGUUUGGGGACAUAUUCAAUCGGCUGAUGGCGGGCUUUGACGAGGACGACGCGGAGGAUCAGAACACGACGCCUGGUCGGCAAAGCACCAACAACGAAUUAGACUAGCAUCGAGCAGGGCUCCGUGUUUUUAGAAGGUGCGUGGCCGCAAGGGACCUAUCUUCCUUUCAAGGUCGCCGAAGUUCUUGGGCAUCAGUUCAUCGGGCUAUUCUUGUUAUAAUUUUAUUGUACUGUACGCUAAAGUCGCGAUAAAUGCAAUGUAGAUUCCAAUGUUUCAAAUGGAAAUUAAAAAUAACAUUUCACAAUU